AUGGAUCAUCAAGGGGAGAAAGCAUCUGCGCUGGCAACAAUCAAGAACUUUCGCGAUAUCUCAAGCUUGAUCAAGACAGUUAAGCCAGGAUUGUUGUUCAGAAGCGCUCACAUUGACGAUGCGUCUCCGGAGGACCUGGACGCUCUACGUGAGCAAUAUCGCAUACGCUCCAUCAUUGAUUUGAGAGGCAUUACGGUGCUGCUGCCUGGCAAACAAGACACCGACUUUGCGCUCCAAUAUCCAGAGAAGAUAGCUCAUACCAGCAUACUUGGCCUCAACAACCACUAUAUCGACUUAUGUGGUCCGCAAUUUGGCAGAUUUGUGCUCAGUCAGACUGGUCUGUGGGAGAGGACCAAAGGCUUGGCUCACAUUGCCAUCUCACCGGCGACUGGUAUUAAAAGCUGGCAGAAAGUUACCAGUGCGAAGAUGUCCAAGGACCGCAUGUUUACACCGAAAGCAAUCAUCGACCAUUCGUUCCCACAGGUCAGAGCUGUGUUUAAGAUACUGGCAGACCCAUCAUCAUACCCUGUCUUGAUCUUGAACAAGUGGGGCAGUGAGAUGGUAUCGUUGAUUGUUUCAAUGACUAUGCUUUUACUCCAUGCAGAUAGGCAAAGCAUAUAUCUGGAUUAUGCGCAAACCUACCAGGCACUGUCUGGGGUCAGGCAGCAGAGACUAGAAGAACUCAGAGCGGGAUCUUACCCCGACGAUUGGGCCGAGCCACUACCGAAUUAUGUCAAUGCUCUGGAACAACAUCUCGAAAUGAAACACGGCGGCAUCGAACAGUAUCUACUGACAAUUGGCCUCAGCCGAUCUGAAGUUCAAAGCAUCAAGGCCAUCUUGCUUUCCGGCUCGAGACUGUCAGAGAAGAACGGGUGGCUGAUUGACGUAUGA